UUCGCCCGCUCCCAGCACCCCAACGCCCGGCGCCGCCGGGACCCCGUCGGGGAGGACGCCAUUGGCCUGAAGUGAGUGACACAGUGACCCCCACAGCCCUGCCCUGCUCCCCACAGCGCCCCCCGGGGGUCCAGGCUGGGACACUCACCCCACUUCCCCCUCCCAGGCCUCUGAAGCUGGAGCCCGAGUUCGAGGAUGACGGGCAGCCGACCCCUCAGCAAAUCGAGGUAUUGGGGUGACCCUGGCUGGGCUGGGGACCCCGGGGGGCCAGCCAGGGACCUCACCCUUCGCACUGAGAGUUGGGGGGCAUCGCCUGGAGGGAGGGGCUGGGACCCCAAAGCUGGGGGUUGGUGGGGAGGCGAUAACACUUGGGGGGCUCUUUUCCGGUCUGUUAAUCCCCAUCCCCCUCCUGCCAGGCUGACGCCCCCCCCUCGGACCGGGACUGCAGGCACUGGACACCCAAGCACCUGAGUGCCAGGGCGCCCGUCCCACAAUGCAUCAUGCUGACCCCGCCCCAGGAUGAGGCCCCCGAGGGGCGGGACCUCGACGCCAGGGGGCCAGAUGGGGUGACGCCGCUGAUGGCAGCGGUGUGUGCGGGGGGCACCGUGGGGGAGCUGCUAGCGCAGGGGGCGCGGCUGGACGCCCAGACGGACGCGACGGGGGAGACGGCCCUGCACCUGGCCGCCCGCUUUGCCCGGGCCAGCGCCGUCCGCAGCCUCCUGGAUGCCGGUGCAGACCCCAACGUGCGGGACCGGGCAGGGCGCAGCCCCCUGCACAGUGCCAUCGGGGCUGACGCCCUGGGGGCCUGCCAGGUGAGUGUGCGGGGAGUGUGGAUGAGGUGUGGGGAUGGGAAUGGGGAGCCUCCAGUCCUCUGUCUAGCCCUGCAGUCACUCUGCCCCACCCAGAACAGCCUGGAGACCCCGUAUGAGCGACGGUGCACCGCCACUGAUCUGGCGUGCGCUGGAGGUGGAUGA